GAAGGAGUAAUGCUGCUCCCAUGCUGUUGUUUUGGUUGGUUAACUUCACACACAUAGUCCGACUAACCAAGCCAUUGACCUGGGAGCCAUGUCAGCGUGGCGGAGGCUGCAUGUGUUGGUGCGGCCGGCUCUCACCUGCAGCCGGAGCCGGCUCACACAGCACCGCACCGGGCUGUGCUGCAGCCUGAGCACCGGUGUACCUCUCCGCAAUGACUUCUUUAAAGACUUGGAGGCCCAGCUGGCUGCUAUGAGGAAGAAGGCGUCGGACGCUCUACCGGGGAGCGGCUGGACCCCCCUGGAGAUCAACCCGAAUCUUCCACCGGAGAGGGCCGACAUCGUGAUCGUUGGAGGCGGUGUGGUGGGCUGGUCCAUCGCCUACUGGCUGAAGCAGAGGGAGAGGAUACGAGAAGGGGUGAAGGUUAUCGUGGUGGAGAAGGACCCGACGUACUCUCAGGCCUCCACCGUGCUGUCAGCCGGGGGGAUCCGCCAGCAGUUUUCCCUUCCCGAGAACAUCCACCUCUCCCUGGCGUCCGCGGACUUCAUGAGGAACAUCAAUGAACACCUCAGCGUGAUGAACGAAGACCCAGUGGAUCUGCAGUUCAACCAAUCAGGAUACCUCUUCCUGGCUAGUCAGGAGGUGGCUCACAUCAUGGAGGAGAACUACAGCACCCAGAGGGAAGCUGGAGCCAAAGUUUCACUUCUCUCUCCUACACAACUGAAGGAGAAAUUUCCCUGGAUAAACACAGAUGGUGUGGCGCUCGCUUCAUACGGGUUGGAGAACGAGGGCUGGUUUGACCCCUGGACGCUGCUGAACGCCUUUAAAAGGAAGGCGAUAUCUAUGGGAGUCAUUCCGUGCUGCGGAGAAGUUACAGGUUUUAAACAUACAACAAUCAUGGUGAGAACCGCUGACGAUCAACAAGUGGGCAUCCGGAGAAUACAAUCUGUCAGAGUGCAGAUGCCUAACAGCCUGGAGUACCAGCCGGUUGAAUGCGCCAUUGUGGUGAACGCAGCGGGAGCCUAUUCUGGUAAAUUGGCAGAGAUGCUGGGAAUGGGCUUCGGUGCCAAAGACACCUUCGCUGGAGUUCCACUGCCUGUUGAGCCUCGGAAAAGGUAUGUCUACGUAGUCCACUGUCCUGAUGGUCCAGGUCUCGACACUCCCUUCCUGAUCGACUACUCUGGAGUUUACUUCAGAAGGGAGGGGUUAGGAGGGAACUACAUCGCUGGGAUGUCACCUGAGGAGUUUGUCUGUCCUCAGGAGGAGGAGCCGGAUAUCAGCAAUCUAGAGGUGGAUCAUCAGUUUUUUGAGGAAAAGAUUUGGCCCAGCUUGGCCCAUCGUGUUCCUGCUUUUGAGAAACUAAAGGUGAGCAGUGCGUGGGCGGGUUUCUAUGACUACAACACCUUCGACCAGAACGGCAUCAUCGGGAUUCACCCUCUGAUCAAUAACAUGUACUUUGCCACCGGCUUCAGCGGCCACGGCCUGCAGCACUCCCCCGCUGUGGGUCGCGCCGUGGCAGAACUGAUCCUGGACGGGAACUUUAAAACGCUGGACUUGAGCAACUUCGGCUUCAAACGAAUUCUGACCCAGGAGCCGAUGUUAGAGAGGAACAUCGUUUAGAUGAGGACUCCCUGGACUCCUACCGUCCACACUCCUGCCAAAGCAAAGGAUCAUUCAGGUUUUCUACAGCUGUGGGUCUUAUUUUAGUGUCUCCUCGUCACUAUAAUAACAUUUUACUCAUCAUGUUAAUCGCUGAAACCUGGAAGUGGAGCCUCAUCGUGACAGUAAAGUCCGAAAAGGGGAUGAAACAGGAGCAGACGGUUCACUCCCUGUGUCCUAUAGACUGUCAACAUUGAUUUUUAACCCUUAGCAACCUUUAAUGAAUUGUUCUUUAUGCCCAAACCAAAUCAAAUCUUAACCACAGCAAUGUGAUAAUAACAGUGUUUUGGAAUAAUACUAAUAAUGUAUAUUAUUAAUAUAAUGAUAUUAAACUUUAUUUUUGUAGCACCUU